AAAAGAUAUUGUGCCAGAAUGAGUACCAUGGUAGAAAAUGGCAGUGGUGAUAGUCUAUCAAAGAAAAAGACUAUUGAAGGCAUAUAUCAAAAGAAAUCACAAUUAGAACAUAUUUUAUUACGUCCUGACACGUACAUUGGUUCUGUCGAACCUGUAACAGAGAUGAUGUGGAUUUAUGAUAAAGAAAAAGAAUUAAUGAUACAGAAAGAAAUAAAAUAUGUUCCUGGAUUAUACAAAAUAUUUGAUGAAAUUUUAGUAAAUGCUGCAGAUAAUAAGCAGAGAGAUCCUAAAAUGGAUACGAUUAAAAUUGAAAUUGAUCCGGAAAAUAAUGUUAUAUCUGUAUGGAAUAAUGGUAAAGGCAUUCCAGUGGUAGUUCAUAAAGAGGAAAAUAUGUAUGUUCCUACAAUGAUAUUUGGUCAUUUGUUAACAUCAUCUAAUUAUGAUGACGAGGAGGAGAAAGUAACAGGUGGUAGAAAUGGCUAUGGUGCCAAGUUGUGUAACAUUUUUAGUCAUCGUUUUACUGUGGAAACUGCAUCUAAGGAAUAUAAAAAAUGUUUAAAACAAACAUGGAGUAGUAACAUGGGAAGUGCAAGUGAACCUAGAAUUAAAGACUUUUCUGGUGAAGAUUUUACAAAAGUCAUAUUUUCACCAGAUUUAUCAAAAUUUAAAAUGCAAUCUUUGGAUGAUGACAUAGUUGCUCUUAUGUCUAGAAGAGCUUAUGACGUGGCUGCUUCUAGUAGAGGUGUCAAAGUCUAUCUUAAUGGUACUAAAAUUCCUGUCAAGAAUUUCAAGGAUUAUGUUGAUUUCUAUAUUAAGGGUAGAGAAGAUGAUAUUGGCAAUCCUUUAAAAGUUGUAUAUGAAAGUUGUGGACCUCGCUGGGAAAUAGCUGUUACUUUAUCUGACAAGGGCUUCCAGCAAAUGUCUUUUGUAAAUAGUAUUGCAACAACAAAGGGUGGACGUCAUGUGGAUCAUGUUACAGAAUUAAUAGUGAAACAAUUAAUAGAAACAUUGAAAAAGAAAAAUAAGGGCGGUGUUGCAAUUAAACCAUUCCAAAUAAAAAAUCAUUUAUGGAUUUUUAUUAAUUGUCUUAUUAAUAAUCCUACAUUUGAUUCACAAACUAAGGAGAACAUGACAUUGCAAGCUAAAAAUUUUGGAUCAAAAUGCACACUUAGUGACAAAUUUGUUACAUCUGUAACGAAAAUCGGAAUUGUAGAAGCAGUUUUAACAUGGGCAAAAUUUAAAGCCGACAGUCAGUUACAAAAGUUGGGACCCAAAUCAAAGCAAAGAAAAUUGCAAGGUAUACCAAAAUUAGAAGAUGCCAAUGACGCUGGAACUAGUAAAUCAUUAGAAUGUACACUUAUAUUAACUGAAGGAGAUUCGGCUAAAACCAUGGCUGUGUCUGGACUUGCAGCAAUAGGUAGAGACAAAUAUGGUAUAUUUCCUCUAAGAGGUAAAAUUUUGAAUGUAAGGGAGGCAACACAUAAGCAGAUUCUGGAAAAUGCAGAAAUAAAUAAUUUAAUAAAAAUUCUUGGUCUCCAGUAUAAAAAGCGAUAUGAAUCUCGAGACGAUUUAAAAACAUUACGUUACGGAAAAUUAAUGAUAAUGACUGAUCAGGAUCAGGAUGGUUCUCAUAUCAAAGGCUUGUUAAUUAAUUUUAUUCAUCACAAUUGGCCAUCAUUAUUAAAAUUAAAUUUUAUUGAGGAAUUUAUCACACCUAUUGUUAAAGCAUCAAAAGGGAAUCAAAUAUUAAGUUUUUUUUCAAUGCCAGAAUUUCAUAAGUGGAAGUCGGAAACGGAUAAUUUUCAUACUUACAAAAUCAAGUACUACAAAGGUUUGGGUACUUCCACUGCUAAAGAAGCAAAAGAGUAUUUUGAAAAUAUGGCUAGACACAGAAUUCGAUUUAGAUAUGAUGGAGAUCAAGAUGAUCAGAAUAUUAUUAUGGCUUUUAGUAAGAAAUGUGCUGAUCAACGUAAGGAUUGGUUAAUGAAUCACAUGGAUGAAACAAAGAGAAGAAAGGAAAUUGGUCUCGGAGAACGCUUCUUAUACGAAAAGGAUACACGUACUGUGUCCUUCUCUGACUUCAUUAACGUAGAAUUAGUUUUAUACAGCAAUUAUGACAAUGUUCGAUCUAUUCCUAAUAUGAUGGAUGGUUUUAAACCUGGUCAAAGGAAAGUAUUGUAUACAUGCUUGAAACGUAAUGACAAACGUGAAGUAAAAGUUGCACAGUUAGCUGGUUCUGUAGCCGAACAUUCAGCAUAUCAUCAUGGUGAAGUUUCUCUUAUGUCAACAAUUAUUAAUCUUGCACAAAAUUUCGUAGGAAGCAAUAACAUAAAUUUACUUCAACCAAUUGGUCAAUUUGGUACAAGACUUACAGGAGGAAAAGAUGCAGCGAGUCCUCGAUACAUCUUUACAAUGCUUAGUCCAUUAGCAAGAUAUAUAUUUCAUAAACAUGAUGAUGCGUUACUAAAACACGAAUAUGAUGAUAAUCAAAAAAUUGAACCUAUUUAUUAUGUACCAAUUAUACCAAUGGUAUUAGUGAAUGGUGCUGAUGGCAUUGGUACUGGAUGGAUGACAAAGAUACCAAAUUAUAAUCCUAGAGAAAUAAUUGAAAACUUAUAUAGAAUGAUGGAUGGUGCAGAUCCAAAACCUAUGGUACCAUAUUAUAAAAAUUUUAAAGGAGUCAUAGAAAGUUGUGGAGAUUUCAGAUAUAUUAUUAAUGGAGAAAUUUCAGUGAUUGGACCAGAUAAAGUUGAAAUUACUGAACUUCCAGUAGGAACUUGGACUCAAGUAUAUAAAGAAACAGUAUUAGAGCCAAUGUUACAUGGAACUGAAAAAACCCCAGCUACUAUUACAGAUUACAAGGAAUAUAAUACAGAUACAGCAGUACACUUUAUAAUAAUGAUAAACCGUGACAAAUUGGUUGAAUUAGAAAGAGAUGGUCUUCAUAAAGCAUUUAAAUUACAAUCUACAAUGACAGUUACAUCUAUGUGUGCAUUUGAUGAGAAUCUAUGUCUCCAAAAAUAUGAUAGUGUUCUUCAAAUUUUAAGAAAUUUUUAUAAAAUGAGAUUAGAAAUGUAUCACAAAAGAAAAGAGUAUUUAGAAGGUAUUCUACAAGCAGAAGCCUCUAAACUUACAAAUCAAGCACGAUUUAUAGUAGAAAAAUGUGAUGGUACUAUAGUAAUAGAAAAUAAAAAGAGAAAAGAUAUGAUUGCUGAAUUAAUUAAACGGGAAUAUGAAUCCGAUCCAGUUGUAGCCUGGAAAUUAUCACAAAACAGAGAAGAAGUCUUAGAAGAAGUAUCUGAAAAUGCUGAUGGUGAAGUAACUACAUCUACAGCCAUUGCAAAGGAAAAUUAUGAUUAUUUGCUAGGAAUGACUUUGUGGUCUUUAACGAAGGAAAGAAAAGAUGAACUGUUACGUCAGAAAGAAGAUAAAGUAGCAGAAUUGAAAAGAUUACAAGUUCGAACUCCUAUUUCUUUAUGGAAAGAGGAUUUAGAUAAUUUGUUGAAUGAAUUAAAUAAGUUAGAAGAUAAAGAACGGAAGGAAGAUAACAAAUCGAAACAAUGUAUUAAAAAACCACCAUCAAAGUAUUACACUUCUGAUGAUAUUCGUCGAAUAGUACCUAUAAUUGAUAUUGAAUUAAAAAGAAAAAUUGAAAAAGCAGAUAUUGUAUCUAAAGAUAAGAAAGAAGGAAUAAAAAAACAUCAGAAGAUAAAAAAGGAACCAAUGGAAGAUAAAGAUGAAUUUGAUCUAUUGGUUGAAACAAAUGCUAAAUCUUUAGAUGACAGAUUGGAUAGUUCUCCAGAAAAGAUAGAAAAGAAAGCUGGUGGCAAAAAAAGACUGAAACAGACAACAUUACCAUUUAAGUCAAAGGUGAAGAAAGAGAAAGAUGACAAGAAAAAAGAGAAAGAUUCAGAUGAUACUGACGAUAUUGAUUUUGGAAGUAUUUCUCCUCCUCCAGUACCUCGUGCAUCUCGUAGAACAGCAGCUAAAAAGAAUUACAAUUUUAGUAGCGAAGACUCUUCUUCUAGUGAUGAUGUACUUAGCGUUUCUUCAGAUAUGGAGCAAAAAACAAAACCUCUCGCAAUUUUGAAUAGCGAUUCCGAUGAUAUCUUCAAAGUACAAAGUAAGAAACCUAGUUCAGAAGAACUUUUUGACUCGUUAGUCGGUAGUUCUCCAGAAAAACAACCAAAACCUGUUGUGGCAUCUAGUGAAGAAUCAUCUUCAAUAUUUUCACGUCGGACAAAAGCUCCUGCUAAAAAGAAAAGUGAAAAUGGAGGAAAAGGAAUGAAAAGACAGUUAAAGAAAAAAGUUGUUUCUUCUGAUUCAGAUUCGGAAGAAGUUUUGUUUUCAAAUAAACAAUCACCUGUAAAGAAAAGAAAGAAGAAGUCUGAGUCAGAAGAAGAAAGUAUUGCUAGUGUAGUAGACAAUUCUCCUUUACCACCUCGAAAAACUGGCGGUCGUGCUCGUAAACCUGUUUCAUAUGCUGUUAAGUCCGACGAUGAGGAUUCCAAUUGA